AUGGGCCGGUCUUUGGUCAACCCCGGCGCGCCAGCCCAGUCCCAGUUCGACCUCAUCGAGGCGCUGCUCGUCGACUACUGCGAGAAGGUCGCGCUGCCGCUCUGGCUCAACAAAGGCACGAACCCAAAAUUACUGGAGUACCUGCGCUACCUCAAGAUCCAGCAUGAGGUGCCCCCCACGGAGAAGACGUUCAACGUCUUCCGGACCAUGGGCAAGGGCGGCUUCGGCCUCGUGAAGGGCUGCCGGACGUUCACGACGGGGCGCAUGUACGCCAUGAAGGAGAUGGACAUGAAGCACGUGAAGCAGAAGAAGUGCAAGACGCUCUGCGACCAGGAGCACUGGGCGCUGUCGAUCCCGCUCGUGUGCGACUCGCCCUUCUGCGUGAACAUGAAGUAUGCCUUCAAGACGGAGGCCGCGCUCUGCCUCGUCAUCGACCUCAUGAUGGGCGGCGACCUGUCGUUCCACCUCGACAAGGCCGAGGGCCGCAAGAUGCCCGAGAACUUCGUGCGCUACUACAGCGCGCGCGUGGUUUUAGGGCUCGAGGUCAUGCACGAGGCGAAGAUCGUCUACCGCGAUUUAAAGCCGGAGAACGUGCUCGUCGACGGCGACGGGCGGACGCGGCUCUCGGACCUGGGCCUCGCCGUGCCCCUGGCGCCGGGCCUCAAGGGCAUCGCGGGCACGCCGGGCUAUCUGGCACCGGAGAUGCUCCAGCACAAACCCUACGACCAGUCCGUGGACUGGUGGUCCUUCGGCUGCAUGAUCUACGAGAUGGUCAACGGC